AUGCAGGAAUUUAAUAUUUCGAAAACUACUAAAACUCACAAAGUACAACCUGCCAUAGUAACUGUACUGGUUGUAGUGAUAAUUAUUUCUAUCAAAACCGAUUUCUUAACCAUAAACACACACAUGUUUUUGUCUCUCACUGAACCCUUUAAUGAAAAACAACAAUGCCCAAAUGUUCUGGGACAUAUGAUGGAAGGUGUUUGGAAACAAAAGGCAAUGAGUUUGAAGGAAACCAAUGAUAUAGAAUUGUUCUUGGAUGAUUCGAGAAAGCAACAUGGAUUAAAUGUAACAUUGCAGAGAAACGAUUCAAAAUGUGGUAAUGUGUCCUUCCCUCACAAAACAGGUUCGAAAAUGCAAUGGUUUCGUGGUUUGUGUGACAGGAAAGGGAAUACGCCGUGUUGCUUUAAUAACCAAUGUGUAAAUAGAUCUCCAGACCAAUGUCGAUGUAAGGAUUGUUAUGAUAUGAGACAACAAAUACACGCAGAGUACUCCGACUUCAUCUCUAAAGACCAACGAUGUCAAAUAAAACAAUUUAAUUAUAUUGAGGCUUGUGAUCUACUUACUAAUGCAACACUAGCCUUUGUCGGCGAUUCAUACAUACGCCAUAUUUUCACCGCUGUUUUACUGUUUCUGAGAAAUAAUUAUGUGGACGGAGCUUUGAGCCAAAAUGUGAAAAAAGAUAUCUAUGACCAAUGCACUGGAAUGUAUAUGUUCACAGAAAAAGUAUGCCGAAAUCAUUUAGACCAAUGGAAAACUUCCGAUAUUUGUGGUGGGAAAGUUAAUCUCCUAUUCCGUUACUUUUAUUCUAGUGCCUUUGGGUCGCAAGCUACAAAUUUCAUUCAGAAUCGGAUGUAUAAUAAGUCAAGAAGUUUAUUCUUAUUUGGUGUUGGCCUCCAUGAUAGUUUUAAUACGACCAAUAUUAAAUCUAAGCUUAUCACCCCAAUUUAUCAAUUGAGUAAAAAGACUCAGUGGCCCAAAUUAUUAUGGGCAACCCCUCACCAACCUGGUAUUUUGAAAAAUGGAAAUAUAGAAGUUCAAUCUAAAGCAAAAGUCAAGGAAUUCAUCUCUAAAAUGAACGAUAUAUUAUCACCUUUGAAUAUCCCACAAUUUAAUACUUAUGAUAUGACGAACGGUGUCAUGAGUUUCGAUGGUAACCAUUAUGGUAUCGGUGUCAAUUUGUUGAAGUUUCAAGUUUUACUGAAUUACAUUCAGGAAUUGAAAAAUAACGGACAAUGGUAGUGAUAACAUUUAGUGUUUUCAAUGAAUGACCAAUCAGAUUUAUUAACACCAACAAAUAUUACGCGAGUUAUUAUUUCAAGCCAGCAAUCAUAAGUUACGCAAUCAUAAUAUAAUACAUUUAGCAACAGAUUUAUUGACUCCAAAUAUUGUGUUCAUGCUAGCUAUCAAUAGUAACCUAAUCCUGUUUCCGCCAACGCAACAGCAUAGAUACACAUGUCAGGUGCGGGAAGACAAAAGGUGAAGUAAGGAUGAAUGGUACAAUGUUGUUCUUGGGUAAGGGACAUCACUCAGUUUCUAUCUUCAUUCAGACUACAAAUGAGGACGAUAACGACAACCCGGAUCAGUGUCAAGUAAAAACGAAAAAAUGAUUGCCCUCCUCAAAAAAUUGUAAAUACUCCAAUGUCUUAAGCCUACCAUUCUGUCAUAUUUCAUAUUGGAUUAUUACUUGACUGCAAAGAAGAAAAGAUCACGAGCACUUGACAUUCCCUUGUUUAAAGCAUCAUAUCACAUUUCCGCAUUUUUAAGAUGUGCAGAUGUCAAACCCACUUCAAUCAAACCCUAUUUCAGAAUUCUUCUGGCUGCAAAUAAUAAAGAUAAUACUUUCCC